UUGUCAUCAUUUUAAACUCACGGCUUGAUCACGUGUUUCAAUUACCUUGAUUUAUUUUUCGAUUUUGUCUGUUUUUUUUCUAAUUUAAGCAAUUUAACAAUUUAAUGAUAGAUAGUUAUUGAUUAAUUUGACGAAAUGGUACCCGACAUAGCUUUAGUGAAAAAUAAACAACAACUUCAAUUACCAAAUAUCAACUCGGCUACACCAUCACCUGGAUCUAUUAUAUCGACAUCAUCGCCGGAAUCACUAAGUUCAUCAUCGCCAUCCUGUCCAGGGCGAUCAGAAUCAGCAUCAUCAUUUCCUAGUUCACCAGAGAAUUUUUCAUCACAUAAUUCAAAUACUCAUCAUCACAAUUCAAAUGAUUAUUCAUCUAAUCAUUAUAUACAACGUCCAUAUAUAAAUUAUCAUCGAUUAUCUACGAAUAAAUUGCCCGUUUGUUUGGUCAAAAGUCAACUUCUUGACCGAAUACAAAAAAAUGAGACAUUGAUAAUCAUUGGGGAAACUGGAUCCGGCAAAACUACUCAAAUACCUCAAUUUUUAUACGAGCAUCUAAUAUCAUCGAAAUUUUACCAACCGUCUACGUUAUCGAAUAGAAAUCGGUCAAGCAAAGAAACUAUUGCUAUUACACAGCCUCGUCGUGUAGCAGCUGUUUCCGUAGCACAACGAGUUGCAAAAGAAUUACAAUGUCAAAUAGGUGACCUAGUCGGUUAUAAAAUUCGUUUUGAUGAUUGUACUUCACAUAAUACCCGAAUCAAAUACAUGACUGAUGGUAUGUUAUUACGUGAGGCCAUUAGUGAUCCAUUGCUUUCGAAUUAUCGGGUGAUCAUAUUGGAUGAAGCACAUGAAAGAACCGUUCAAAGUGAUCUGCUAUUUGGUAUAGUGAAACAAGCUCAACGUUUACGAAGUGGCCAAAAACGUCCACUUGAUGAAGAUUCAGUUUCAUCUAAUGAUCAUCGAUAUCAUGAACCUUUGAAAAUCAUCAUCAUGUCGGCUACUAUGGAUGUUGAUAAUUUUUCUCGAUAUUUCAAUCAAGCACCAGUCAUCUACAUUGAGGGUCGCGUUCAUCCUAUCGAAAUAUUUUAUACCGAAUCUAAACAAACGGAUUAUGUAGCCGCUUGUCUUACCACAUUGUUUCAGAUCCACCAAGAAGAAGAUGAAUUGACUGUUAUGGAUGAACAAACAAGAAAGAAUAAUGAUUUUAUCCGUAUUGGUGGUGAUGUUCUUGUCUUCUGUACUGGUCAAGAAGAGAUUGAAAAUAUGAUCAAAAUUGUUCAGAAUUAUUCCGCUCAAACAAAUACGAUGAAAACAAGUCGAGGAACUUUCAAAACAUUGAAAGCAUAUCCUCUUUAUUCUGCAUUACCUAAAAUCAAACAGCAAAGAAUAUUCGAUCGUAAUCCAAAUGACUGUUUUCGUAGGGUCAUUUUUGCUACAAACAUUGCCGAAACAUCAAUCACUAUACCAAAUAUUCGUUACGUAAUAGAUACCGGUAAAUUUAAAUCGAAAUUUUUUUUACCAAAAACUGGCUUCGAAAUAAUGCGUGUUGAAAACAUUUCGAAAGCACAAGCUUGUCAACGAAGUGGUCGUGCCGGUCGUUUAGCUCCGGGAAAAUGUUAUCGUCUUUAUACUAGACCAGAAUAUCGUUCAUUCACAUCGUUUCCCGUUCCUGAGAUUCAAAAAUGCAGUAUAUCUACUGUAUUAUUACAGUUAAUUGCUUUAGGUGUUAGCAAUGUUCAAGCAUUCGAUUUUAUUGAUUCACCAUCAGCAGAAAACAUAGAAUCAUCGUUGAAAAAAUUAAUGAAAAUGAAAGCUAUUGAAAAAGUAAACGAUUCCGAUGUAGACUACAAAUUAACCAAACUUGGGCAAACAAUGGUGAUGUUUCCGAUUGAUCCGAGAUAUGCUUUACUAUUGAUAAAAGCACAAAAAUUUCGAUGCACAGAAGAAAUAAUUACAAUCAUUGCGAUGCUUUCGGUAGAUAACGUAUUCGAUACAUCUAUGACUGAUGAAAAUGCUAUUGCAAUACAUCGAAAAUUUGCCUCUUCCGAAGGUGAUCUAAUCAAACUAUUGAACGUAUUUCGUCGCUAUCGAGAAGCACAACAAAAAAUGACCUGGUGUCAAGAAAACUAUCUUCGUGCAUAUCAAUUGAAACAGGCUGAAGAAAUUCGUCAACAAUUAGUCGAUCUCUGUAAACAAGCAUAUAUUGAUUUGAUCAGUACACCAAGUACAGAAAAUGUACGUAAAUGUUUGGCAAUAGCAUCUGGUGUUGGUGUUGGUCUAGGUGCAAAUAUUGCCGAAUUACAACGGGAUGGCGAUUAUCGUACCAUAACAUUUGGACAAAAUGAUCGUCCAUCAAUGAAUGUUUUUAUUCAUCCAUCUUCGUGUUUGUUUUCACAAAAACCUGAAUGUAUAAUGUUUGUAGAAUUAGUUCAAACAAACAAAUCUUAUAUGCGUAAUUUAUGUUUAAUUGAUCGCAAAUGGCUUAUUGAGUAAAAUAAUGUUAAUAAUUUUCAUUUUCAAA